AUGGCACCUCCAAACGCGCCACCAUUCGACGAUACCAUUGCCGAAGUCGUGGCCAGCGAGACAUCCCCAGAUGGCACUGGAGUAAUCAAGAUAGAUCCCUGGCUCGAGCCGUUUAAGGAUGCGCUGCGGAGCAGAUUCAAUCAUACGAAGGGAUGGAUUAAUCGGAUUAACGACACGGAGGGCGGGUUGGAGAAGUUUAGUCGGGGUUACGAGAAAUUCGGCUUCAAUGUCCGAGAUAAUGGGGAUAUAGUGUACCGCGAAUGGGCGCCGAAUGCUGUUGAUGCGCAUUUAAUUGGAGAUUUCAAUAACUGGGAUCGCAAAGCGACACCUAUGAAGAAAGAUGAAUACGGUGUCUGGGAAGUCACUGUCCCCGCCAAAGACGGCGAGCCGGCAAUACCGCAUGAGAGCAAGGUGAAGAUAACGCUCAAAACCCCCUCCGGCGAAACUCUCGAUCGCUUCCCCGCCUGGAUAAAGCGCGCGCUGGGAUACAAUACGAUCCAGCUGAUGGCGAUCAUGGAGCAUGCGUACUAUGCCAGCUUCGGGUAUCAGGUGAACAACUUCUUUGCGGCGAGCAGUCGGUACGGGACGCCGGAGCAGCUUAAGGAGUUAAUUGAUGUGGCACAUGGGUUGGGGAUUGUGGUGUUGUUGGAUGUGGUGCAUAGCCAUGCGUCGAAGAAUGUGUUGGAUGGGUUGAAUAUGUUUGAUGGGACGGAUGGGGUGUAUUUUCAUAGUGGAGGGAAGGGGGAGCAUGGGCUGUGGGAUAGUCGGUUGUUUGAUUAUGGGUCGCAUGAGGUAAUGCGGUUUUUGUUGAGCAAUUUGCGGUUUUGGAUGGAGGGGUAUGGGUUUGAUGGGUUUCGGUUUGAUGGGGUUACGAGUAUGCUGUAUACGCAUCAUGGGAUUGGGACGGGCUUCUCCGGUGGAUACCACGAAUACUUCGGCUUCAACGUUGAUCAGGAGGCUGUAACUUACCUCACUGUUGCCAACGUAAUGCUGCACCAGAUAUACCCAUACUGCAUCACUAUCGCAGAAGACGUCUCUGGCAUGCCGGCGCUGUGCCUCCCCUUUUCCCUUGGCGGGUUGGGAUUCGAUUACCGCCUCGCCAUGGCGGUACCGGACAUGUACAUCAAGAUGUUGAAGGAGCAGCGGGAUGAGGACUGGAACAUGGGACAUAUCUCACACACACUGUGCAACCGUCGACACUGCGAGAAAACGAUUGCUUACGCAGAGAGCCACGACCAGGCCCUCGUGGGCGACAAGUCCCUCAUGAUGUGGCUCUGCGACAAAGAACUCUACACCCACAUGUCCACCCUAACCGAACUAACCCCCGUGAUCUCCCGCGGGCUCUCACUGCACAAACUCAUCCGCCUAAUAACCCACUCCCUCGGCGGCGAAGGGUACCUAAACUUCGAAGGAAACGAAUUCGGACAUCCAGAAUGGCUCGACUUCCCCCGCGCCGGCAACAACAACAGCUAUUGGUACGCACGGCGCCAAUUUAAUCUAACUGAAGACCCGCUGCUGCGCUACAACUUCCUCAACGACUUCGAUAAAGCGCUGCAGCAUGCGGAGGGGAAGUAUGGAUGGCUGCGGUCGCGGCAGGGGUAUGUGAGCCAGAGACAUGAGGAGAAUAAGGUGAUUGUGUUUGAGCGGGCUGGGUUGGUGUGGGUGUUUAAUUUCCAUCCGGAGAGAAGCUGGGCGGAUUACAGGAUUGGGGUUAGUAGGAAGGGGGUGUAUAGGGUUGUGUUGGAUACGGAUCGGGAGGAGUUUGGGGGAUUUGGGAGGGUCGAUGGGCGGACGAGGUUUUUCAGUCAGGAGGUUGCUUGGGAUGGGAGGGAGGAUUCGAUUUUGGUUUAUGUGCCGUGUCGGACGGGGGUGGUAAGUCUACUGGCUUUUCUUCCCGGCUGUUGGUAUUGA